CAAAAAUGUUUUAGGAUCUUUAAAAUUUAAAUUAAUAAUUACACCAGUUUUGAUUCUUUUAUUAAAACUUGACUCUAAAUCACGCCAUAUUAAAUUAUUAUUAGUUUUUUUUUAGAUUUUUGUUUUUUUGACUGUAGUUUUAAUAAUUUUCGAUGUUUCAAAUUGUGUUUGUGAUAAUUUAAAAGACCCAAACCCGUUUCAAUUCUAUUACGAUGUUUAAUAUGGUGAGACUUAUUUUGAAUUGCUUUCUUAACUAAAUUUAUACUUAUUUUGAUAAAUCUGAUCCACUUGUUGAACUCCUCAAUUGUUCGUAACAGCAUUACAACUUUUUCCACUUUCUUCACCAUAUCCAAAACAAACAUAUCCAAAGUUUGUGAAGACAUGGUAUGUUUUAUAUUAUUUUCAAAAAUACUGACAACUCAUUGGCACUUCUGCUACACUGAAGCUACCGAUUCUAAAUGAACCGCAAGCAGUACGUAAAUGAUUGUUUGAUCAUGUUUGUGCAUAGUAAUUAUUUGUAAGUAGGUAUGCAUGGUCAUUAGAUAACAACAAUGUUGCAAAUAACCAUUAUUUUAAUUAUUCAUUAAAACAUUUUUCUUCACAAUUAGAUAGAUAGCAACAAAGUAAUAAAUAAGGUAUUUUUACAAUAAUUGGAUUCUAAUUAUAUAUAAAUAUGCAAAAUUAUUCAUUAAAACAUUUUUCUUGUCAAUUAGAUAGAUAGCAACAAAGUAAUAAAAUAAGGUAUUUCACAAUAAUUGGAUCCUAAUUAUUUUAAAAUAAGUGGAAUUGCAUAGAUAUGCUUAAACAAAAAAACAAUUUGUAAUUAAUGACCAUUAGAUAACAACAAUGUCACAAACACCAAUUAUUUUAAUUAUUCAUUAAAACAUUUUCUUGCAAUGCACUUAUUAGAAAAAAAUAUGUAAUAUAAUUGCUUUGUUUUCCAAUAAGUGCAUCUCAUUAAAAAUGUUUUAUGUAGUAUUUUAGUAGGUAAUAGAUAAAAUUUUGAUAUAUAUAUAUGCAGGUGCCUGCAAACGGAUAUGAUAUUAUACCAAUAACAGGUUGAAAUAAGUACUAAGUGAGUAACAUUUUGUCAUUGUUGGUGUAUUCAUCGUGGUCUCAUUUAUUGUCACUGUUUUAUUUAUUGUUUAUUGUUGUUAUUUUCUAUAUAUAAAAUGUCUGGUGUACCAUGUACAAUUUUGGUAUCCAUAGAAGAUAGAUUAAAUUUCCCCACGAAAAUGGCUCUAGUAGUCAUAAGGCAGCUAUUCAGAUAUGGUUUAAGAAGCAUAUCUCUCCGGAAUGAUAGAAUCUUAAUAGACUUAGUAUAUACCCCAAAGUCCACAACGCUGUCGAGAAAAUUUGGUAACUUACCAGUAAAAUAUAUCCGUAUGCAAAUAAAUGAUUCUAAUGAGAUAGGAUUGUUUGAAAAAGCAAUGAAGAGAUACUACUUUGACUUAGAGGAGGAGACAGAAGCUCUUCCUCCUCCUCCUCCUCCUACUACUACUCCUUCUAUUAAAUCAAUUCAGAAGGAACCUUUAAAGAAAAAAUUGAAGAGGAGAGUAACACAGCAUGUUGAGUCCAUUGAUCUUGAUCAAAAUUCACAAGUGUGGUCAUUUGAUGAACACAUUAUAGAUGAUGAUGAUGAUGAUAAAGAAGAUCAUACCAGAAGAGCGACAAUAAGUGAGACCAGAAAUGACUACGGCGAUGACGAUGACUGCACCACCACAUUGAUACCUCCUACGGAGUAAUUUUGUAUUAAUAUAUAUAUAACUGCAAUUUAUUUUUUGGUUUUUUUUUUG